AUGACCCUCGUCGACCUCUCCGUGAAGCCCAGGUCACGCAACUCCGUCCAGCCCGUGGACAUACGCUUCGAGCACCACCCCGAUGGCUUCGGCAUAGGAACCGACAGGCCCCGCCUGUCAUGGCGGCUGUCAGCCAGCACCGUGCCCCACAACUGGAUGCAGAAGAGCUACCAGGUCCAGAUCAGGAGGCACUCGGGCAAGACGUUGUCCGACCAGAAGCCCGACGUGCAGACAUGGCGCGUCCCUUCUGACAGCUCCAUCCUGAACGAGUGGCCCGGCCGGCCCCUGCAAUCUCGCGAGACGGCAUCCGUCCGCGUCCUGGCCUCUGGCCACUCGCUGCCCGACGACCCGGGCCCCGUUGCCAACUCCGACCUGUCCGUGUGGAGCGAGUGGCAGGACGUCGAGGCCGGGCUCCUCCGGGUCUCGGACUGGAAGGCCAGGUUCGUCACCUCGACGGAGCCGCCGCCCAAGAACGGCGUCCCCCACCGGCCCACGCUGUACCGCAAGGAGUUCACCCUGGAGCCAAAAGGCAAGCACACCCGCGCGAGGCUCUACAUCAGCGCACUGGGCCUGUACGCCGCCUCCAUCAACGGCCGCCGCGUGGGCGACCUGGAAAUGGCCCCCGGGUGGACGAGCUACCACCACCGGCUGCAGUACCAGGUCUUCGACGUGACCGACCUGCUAAAGGACGGCAAGAACGUCAUCGGCGUCGAGGUCGCAGAGGGGUGGUACGCGGGGCGGCUUAUCUGGAUCCCCGGGCUGCGGAACCUGUACGGAGACAAGCCCGGGUUCAUCGCCCAGCUCGAGACCCAGGAUGACGGCGGCAGCUACGACUACUCGGCCCAGGUCGUCUCGGACGACUCGUGGGUCAGCCACCCCUCGCCCCGGCUGAGCUCCUCCAUCUACGACGGGGAGGUGUAUGACGCCCGGGAGGAGCUUUCGGGCUGGGCCAGUCCGGAGUUUGACGCUGCUGGUUCCUGGGAUGCAACACGUAUCCUGGACGUCGACCUCGAGAAGGUCAAGCUAUUCUCACCUGACGUGCCGCCCGUGCGGGUCACGCAGACCGUGGGGGUUGUUGACAUCUUCAAGAGCCCAAGCGGCAAGCUGCUGGUGGACUUUGGGCAGAACCUCGUGGGCAGGGUCAGAAUCCAGGGGCUGCAGAAACCAAGGGGACAUGAACUCCAGAUCAAGCACGCAGAGGUGCUCGAGAACGGAGAACUAGGCACGAGGCCGCUACGCGACGCCAAGGCGACGGACAAGUACAUAUUCUCGGGCGACGAGAAGGCAAAGGCAUCGUGGAGCCCCGAGUUCACCUUCCACGGGUUCCGCUACAUCGAGCUCACGGGCGUGGCGGCCGAGGAGCUGGGCAAGGACAGCCUGUCGGCGGUUGUGCUGCACUCGGACAUGCGGCGCACGGGGCACUUCAGCUGCUCGAACGAGCUCAUCACCAAGCUGCACGAGAACGUGGUGUGGGGCAUGCGCGGCAACUUCCUGUCGGUGCCGACGGACUGCCCGCAGCGGGACGAGCGGCUGGGCUGGACGGGCGACAUCCAGGUGUUCUCGCCGACGGCGUCCUUCAUCUACGACUGCUCCGGCUUCCUGGCCAACUGGCUGCGCGACCUGGCCAUCGACCAGGGGACCAACGGCGGCGUGGUCCCUUGCGUGGUCCCGGACGUGCUCAAGGGCUACUCGGCGCAGGACUCGAUCCCCGAGGCGGUCUGGGACGACGCCGCCGUGCUGGUGCCGUGGACGGUGUACAACUGGUCGGGCGACGCCGAGGUGCUGCGCCGCCAGUGGGCGAGCAUGCGCACGCACGUGGACAAGAGCAUCAGGCGCGGCCCCGACGGCCUGUGGGACGAGGACAACUUCCAGUUCGGCGACUGGCUGGACCCCAACGCGCCGACGGAGCAGGCCGACUUCGCGCGGACGGACGGCACCAUGGUGGCGGACGCGUACCUGGUGCACAUCACCGAGGUCAUGGCACAAAUCGCGGUGGUGCUCGGCGACGCCGCGAGCGCGCAAAAGUACCAGGGCGACUACGAGGUGCUCAAGGGCAAGUACCAGGACAAGUACAUCGCGCCCGGCGGGCUGGUGGUGGGCGACGCGCAGACGGCGCUGGCGCUGUCGAUCCGGUUCGGGCUGCUCGAGGCGGGCGACGAGGCCAAGCAGGCGGUGGCGGGCCGGCGCCUCGCGCGGCUGACGCGCAAGGGCGGGCUGCUGGUGGCGACGGGGUUCGCGGGCACGCCCGUGGUGCUGCACGCGCUGGCGGAGAGCGGCAACCUCGACCUGGCGUACGGGAUGCUGCAGCAGAAGACGUGCCCGUCGUUCCUGUACCCGGUGACGAUGGGCGCGACGACCAUCUGGGAGCGGUGGGACAGCAUGCUGCCCGACGGGAGCAUCAACCCGGGCAGCAUGACCAGCUUCAACCACUACGCGCUGGGGAGCGUCGCCAACUUUUUGCACAGCGUCGUCGGCGGAAUCAGCCCGCUGCGGCCCGGGUGGGGCACCUUCCUCGUGCGGCCCAGGCCGGGAGGGGAGCUGAGGCACGCCGAGAUCAGCUACGACGGCCCGCACGGGAGGAUCGCCGUGCGGUGGGAGCUGGGUGAGGCCGAGGGUGACGAGACGCAGGAACCUUCUGGGGCUGGGGAGGACGACGGGGCGGGCGGUCAGAGCGCGACGAGGGCGUUUCAGCUCAGGGUGGAGGUUCCGCCCAACUCGAGGGCGCUGGUGGUGCUGCCCGGGCAGGGAGAGGGCGACGGCGAGUGGGUCGGGAGUGGGAUCCACGAGCGGACGGGCCUGGUUCCGGCGUAG